UACACACGCGCCUGUUACGCGGGAGUGUGAGCCACGUUAUCGUUAGUUUAUCUAAAAGGAAGAGGUGCCUCGGCACACCUAGUUUUCGACCGGUCAGCGGCAAAAACGCCCGAUUUUCGUUGCGGAUCGCGUUGAACUCCCCAAAGGCUUUCGGCAUUUUUGAUACCCAGUUGAGCAAAGGAUGAGGGCUGUGUACCUCGUGUUUCUGUUCCUCGGUGCUGUCGCAGCCCAAAAAAAAUACAAACUUUGCGCUACUUCAGCUAUCAAUCCAGUCACUUGUGUUUCACUCGGAAGAGGCGAAAAUCAAGUAUCAUGCGAUACAGUGGUGGACAGCUCGGAGUGUGCGAUAAAAUUAAACCGCGGAGAGGUUGAUUUCGGGAUGUUCACUGCGGAGGAAGCUUUGCUUGCUUAUAACUUUUAUCCAUCAGACUCGCAAGUUAUUGCCCAGUUGAAGCACCCGGAAAGAGUUGAUGAAACCCACGAGUUCAAAGCUGUAGCUGUUGUUCCGAGCACCUUUACUGAGGGGAAGUUAGAUGAUCUGAAACAAGGCGGUUUCUGCCACCCGGGCUUUAGCAAGACACAACUAUGGAACGACAAUAUCCUCAAGUGGUUCGAGAAAAAGAUUUACAAUCAGACCUGCGACUCAAGCCUAACAACUGCUGAGAAUGAAGCUGUAAACCUGAGGAAUUACUUUGGAAAAGCUUGUAGACCGGGAAAUUGGGUUUCAGAGGCAUCGCACGACGUAGCAUUGAAACAAAAAUAUCCAGAGCUCUGCGCAGCUUGCGACAACACGACUACUUGUCAAUACAAUAAUACCGAUGCACAUGGACAUAUUGAUGCGCUGAAAUGUUUAGUUGGAGGCAAAGGAAAGGUGGCUUACGUUGCCUUGAGUUAUGUCCAGCAAUACUUUGGCAUCAACAAUCCCGUUCCGAACAUUGAUGUGAACACCAAUACUUCGAUCUGGAAUUCGUAUCGAUUUUUAUGCCCGAACGGUAGCCUGGAGCAAUUGAACUCUACAAAUCCUUGCAGCUGGCUGAAGCAGCCUUGGAAGAUGAUUUUGGCCAGGAACGAGAUCGCAGCCGAGCUCCAGGAGAAGCUAAAGGUUUGGCUAGCAACGGAUUCAUCUGUACAAGACUGGACUACGGCUUUGAAAUCAAUUCUUCAGAAAGACACUGCGGUUGAAUAUUUACCCGAACUCAAAAGCCUGUCAGCAUACCUUUCGGACGGAAGAGAACUUGCAACUACAACAACAACAACAAGUUGCGGUAGUAACAUUCGCUGGUGCACAAUAAACACCGAGGAAACAAACAAAUGCAAUUGGAUAGCAAAAGCAGCUUCUACUCAUGGUAUCCAACCAGACGUAUCCUGCAAAGCGGAAAAUUCUACUUUUGAAUGCCUCCGUAGCAUAGCAAGCGACAGCGCUGAUAUCAUCACGAUAGAUUCACACUAUGGUCAUUUCGCGAGACAGGUUUUCAACUUGUCAUCGGUCAUGUACACCGAGACGGAUGACGACAGGAACAGCGUUGUGAUAGCCGUGGUUCGGGAAGGUACAACUUACAACGUAUCAAGUUUUGCUACGUUGAAGUCCCGCUCGGCUUGCUUUCCGGAGUUCGGAGGUAUCGCUUGGCUCAGUUUUGUGAACGCUGCUCGUUUGAACAAUGUCAUAUCAAACUCCUGCGACGUGGUAACAGAAGUGACAAACCUUCUAUCCGGCGCUUGUGCACCGGGAUUCGGUGAUGGAAAUCAUCAGAACAGCACCACCGGAACCACAUCGUCAAAACUAUGCUCUGUUUGCCCGGUCGAAGCCAACAACGCAUCCUGUUCAGCAAACCCUAGCAAUAUUUAUUACGGCGACAAAGGGGCUCUUGAAUGCCUGAAGAGCGGUGCCGGCGACGUAGCUUUUAUAGAGUACUUGAACUUGCGCGAUGACAUUACAGCCGGAGUUAUAAAUGCGUCGCAAUACCGAGUGUUGUGCAAAAACGGUAGCUUGGCUUUGUACACAGGGUUUCAGGUUGACGAACAGUGCGCGCUUUCCAUUACCAUCGAUAGUGAGGUGAUGGGACGAAAGAGCGCAUCUGCGAUAAAUACAACGAAUACCGUUUUGGCGCUGCUGAAAAUUGAGGAUUGGCUGGGAUAUCGUGUAGAAACACUGAGACCGAUUGACGUUUACGGUCCGUUCAAUGGUACAAAGAAUCUUCUAUUCAAGGAUUCAACAACUGGCCUCGAAACCACGAACUCAACGCGCAAAGCAGCCCUGGCGUACAAAGAGCUUUUCGCUCAUUACGAGAGCUGUAUUACCUCCGGAAGCAUGACUGUACUAGCCAGCUUCAGCACGAUUCUGCUAUUAUUCUUGGCUCAUUAUUUGUAAAAAGAUUAACAGAGUUUAAUUAUUUAUGUAUUAUUAUAAACUUGUAAGUAUAAUAGGUGAGAUCAAUAAUACCUAUUAUUAUAUUAUCAUUAUGUGUUCCGUUUGCUACAUAGUAUUGUGUAAUUUCUAUAUAAUACUUAAGUUUAGAAUUACAUUUUCUAAGAAUAAAAUAAUAAAAAGCUGGUAACUAUAAAAUAACAAUGACUUAUGAGGUCUGUUUGAAUAAUCUAACUUUUGUUUAUCACUCUUAAUUCAUGUGUUCAACAGUUAAGCUCGCGGAAAAUUUUCACCGUCUCAAUCAAAAUGAACAAUAAAUACGUCAAAGCUGAGAUCACUCGUUUUACAUACUCACACGGCACCACAAAAUGAAAUGUAAGUGAACGCCUAUAGUGCAAACAAUACUACGUUGAAAAAUACCGAGAAAUACGUUAUAGCUGUGUAGCGUUCAAUCAUAAUAAACCGCACGCUGAUAAUGAAGCGAGAAAA